AUGCGUGGAAAAAUUCAGAAAAUGCAAAAAGAGACAAAGAUGAAAUUUCUAGAUAAAAUACCAUCUUUCUUAGAUAAACAUAAAUAUUUAAUUCUUGUUGAAAAUACUGACCUUGGUUCUGCAUUACUUAAUAAGAUGAGAGAAGAACUUGAAAAUUCUGAUAUUAUGUUUGUUAAAAAGAAAAUGCUUAGUAAAAAAUAUAAUAUUGUAAAUGCUAAAAAUUUUUUUCUUGUUUUUACAGAUUUAGAAGGAAUUGAAAAAUUAAAAAAAUAUCAGUAUGAGACAUUUUUAGAAGUAAAUGAUGUUUCACCAGAAAAUGUUAUUAUUUGCAAGGGAGAAGUUAAAAAUAAAGAAUUGGCAGAGCUUAUACCUACUAUCAAUGAGAAAAACAUUUCUAUUCUUGAAGAUGACUAUGUUGUUUGUAGAAAGAAUGAAGCACUUACAGAUGUGCAAGUUAGAAUUUUAAAAUGCUUAAAGAAAAAGCUUAAGAAGGAAUUUAUUAAGAUAUUACACGUUUAUGAGACAAUUGAAAUAAAAGAAAAUAAAUAA